AGUUCAUAAAAAUGGAUGGUGCAGCACCUGGUCAACACAACCAGACGGGGUCUACCAAUGACAGUGGAAGGGAUGACAGCUCAAACCAAGUGUCCUCACCGUCUGCUCAUAGAGGUUUUUCUUCUGAUGAAGGAUCAGGAUGGCGAUCAGAGACAGAAACCUCAGAUGGUAACCUAAGUUUGUCACAGUACCCAUUAGAUGACAAAUCUGGAUAUGACUUGGUUCAUGAUGGUGGCAGCGUUAACGGUGAAGCCUUAUCCACUGCUAUAACAGAAGUAUCCAAGGACUUUAUCUCUGGGAAUUUCUCCCCUAUGAGGUGCACGAUGGAGUCUGGAGACAGUGACAGCAAUUCUGAUGGGGAUCAUAAGGGGCCUGCUGGAGACCCUAGGGGAGCUGUUUAUGCUAAUUACCCAGAAUCUGCCACAGGAAUGUCUGACGUUGAAUGGAAUCCAUAUGAGUCUGAUUAUAAUCCAGAACCAACACCAAGGUCAGCUGAUGGUGAAGGUCCAGCCCGGAACCCAAUACUAGACACCAUGGCCUCAGUAAAUGCACAUAGAGGCAAGGACUCCGGGUACAAUACCACACAGACUGUCAGCACAUUGUCUAGUGGUUUACCAAACAACGACUGUGCUACCAUUGCUAAGUCAGGCUCUGAUACUGGGUCGGGUGAAGACUCGGACAAAACUAGUGGAUCUUCCCAACCCACUACUCAGCAGUUCUAUGCAAUAUUUUCUGAUCAGAGCCGUGAUGGAGGGAUGCAGGUGCCAGGGGUGCAAGGUUUUGAAGGUCAAAGGUUAACUAGGAGAGACUCAGGAGAGGCCCUACCUGAAUUUAGAUCAGAAAGUGGAGAAAGGAAGUCUCAGAUGCCUACUUUAGUAUUGAGGAGAUCAGUGGAGAAUGAUAAUAAUUCUGAUGAUAAUGUUCACAGAUCUCAGGGUUCUGAUUUAAAAUCAUUUCAAGCCAGUUCUACGUCUGACUCCAGAAUGGUGGACAUCAAACGUGGUGAUUCUGAUUUGAAUGAUGCUCCCAAACAAUCUUCAUCAGCAUCUGACUCAAAAAAAGGAUCAAAAAUAAGAGAUGUUGCCUAUGUUCCAGUGCUUGACAGAGAAUGGCUGAUUGGCCAGCCUGCAGGUAAUCCAGAACCACGGGAAACAGAAAACAUAGUUCAAAGUGGAAGUUCGGCAAAUGUUCAUCAACAGAUAACUGCAGAUACUGCCACCACAACUCACGGAACUGAACCAUUGUCCUGUACUGACAUGUCACAGCGUGUCGCCAAACUUCUUGAUGAUGCCAGUUCAUUAGGAGCUACACUUCACAAACAGUUGUACAACAGAGAGUCACUAGGCCUAGGUGAAGGGGAUCAUCAUCAAAAAGAUGGACCAUCACUGGAGCCGAGAUUGCAGGGAGCCAAGGAUAGACCAUUGCCAUGUUCAUUAGAAUCCAGACCACCCCCACCUCCGUACGAUGUAGUUCAGGCAGAGAGAAAGAUCGAUGAAGUGAAAGAGAACCUGGAGAACCAGUCUCGAAGUCUUGGGUCAUUGGGAUCAAAUGCAGAAAAUUUAUCAAAGUCUGAACAGAGUAUGACCUCGUCCCUGGGUGAAGAAGUGGCCAAACUGCUAGUGAAGGGGGAUUCCACAGGGACAGGCAGUCUGAAACUUGACCUGAAAUCUGUCACUGAGGAAAGGGACCUAAGUAAUGAGAGUGCUGCUGAACUUGAGUCUUUGCAGCGCUACUACCGACAGGAGAGGGAGACAGAGAGACUUCUUGAGGAAACACGUGCCCGUCUCAACUCAGAUCGCAGUACAGAUUCAGCAGACUCUCUGGGUCAACGAGUGCAGAAUGUUUUAGCAAAAACAGCCUACGUGGAAAAAAUGCAGUAUCCACCUCUUGAACAAGCACGACAUACAGAUAAAGCAUAUAGUGGUGUCCAAAAUCCUGCACACAUAGACUAUUCACUGUUACAGAGGGACUUGCAGGACAUACAGAACAGCCUUAACCAGCAGGUCGGGGAAGAGGCCUACAAUAGCCAUGCUCCCAGAUCCAGAGGUGCUGACAUGGACAGAAGUGGUGAAAGUUUCUCCUCAAAUCCUGAGAGUGCUAGAAACCGUAAACUUCUCUGGGAUCAUGCAGCAGACUUUGGGAUCAAUGUAAGUGGUGCAGGUGUGUUCCUUGGGACUAUGAAAAAUGACACUGAGACUGAAACUGAUACUUUAGGUCUGACAGCUUUAGGGGAAUCCAGACCCAAUACAGAUGAUGAGAGGCCAUCCCCUGAGCAGGGGCGUAGGAAGGUAGAUAUUGUAGGUGAUCAGCUUGAUUCUGAAUCGGAGCUUGACAAUGGUCAACCCAGAACUCUUGCUCCAGAUGUGGAGGAGAUCAUAAGAAAAUACCAGGCUAAAAAUGAAGAAAAAGAUGCAUUGGACAACUCUGGUUUGGCAAGUCGAGUUUUCACCAUUCUCACGAAGGAACCACCACAGAAACAAGUAUUUGGUAUCCUGGAGGAGGCUAUGCAGCAGGAACGUGUGAUGAUGGAGAGGAUUGCCAACCGACCUAAGAUGGACUCUAGCUAUGACAGUUAUGAAUCCCCAAAUGGCAGUUUUAUAGUUCGAGACAGAGACAUCAAGAAACAAUUGGAGUGGUCACAGAUGAGUUCUUUAAAUGGAAGUAUGCAUCCAGACAAAACAACUGCAUCAGAGUUGUCUUUCUUGAAAGGUGGCAAGCAUGCACCUUUCAAUGCACUUGGGAAUGCAGAAAAAUACCUGUCAUCUCAGAUACAGAAAACCACAGAUCGCACAUUUGACCACAGUAUAAAUCUGCGUACGCCAUAUCGUCAGGUCAUUGACUGCUACCCUGUGUAUAGAGACAAUCAAAGGCAGGCAGAUCCAGGUGUCCCCAGAGAAGCUUGGCCAGAUCAGGGGGAGAGUCGAGGAGAUACUGAGAGCAAGGAUGAGGAAGUUUACCAUGAACUGAAGCCGUCUCCAGCACGGCCUCCUAGGGAGCUGGAUCUUAAAGACACAGUUACACCACAGCUUGCCAAGGAACGACAUAUCAGAAGUAGGUCAGAGGAAGCGGCACCGUUGAGUCGUGAUGACAACACAACAUCGCUGACUGACCGUAGACUCUCUUCAUCACCUGCUGGGGAUGAUGGUCGCCCGUCCAGCAGUAAGAGUGCCCGCCUGUCACGAUCAGGGAGUGAUCGUCAGGAGACGUAUGGAGGCAACAGCCCACAACAAGAGGGUAGUCCAUCCAGUAGUGGAGGUGUCAUUUCACCUGAUGACUCUGACAACAGCUCACGUCGCCGGGAGGGUUCAAGGCUCCGGCCAUACAGACCGUAUGGGAGUCGUGAUCUAUAUUACACUGAAGACCAUGACGACUCUGGGUCUCUAAUGGACAGUAUUGCCACGGUGGAGAGUACACACACAGGUUCUGAUGAUGCGAUUGGGCCGUCUUUUCCUUCCCACUGCCUCGGAUCAAGACCUGAUGGACCAAAAACUGGAGGCAUUUACUGUGGUCACCGGCUGUCAUCAGAGGGACUUUCCACUAUAGAGGAGAAAUCAAUGGCAGAUGACCGGGAUAAGUCAGGGACAGACAGUGGCUUGGACAAGCGAUCUAUACACUCAGCCAAUUCAAGGGGAGACAACAUUACAUCAACAGAGCACCGUCCAGACAGUGGCCUUGAACUUCUGUCGGGUCGCAAUGUAAGACAGGAUGGUGACCAGGAUGCUCCAUACAGUAGCUCAAAACCAACUUCUGCAGAUUUACAACGUGAUUUACCUUUAAAAGACAGAGAAUAUGUAGGAAGUUAUAACCCUACUAGGAUGACAACAUCAGCAAGUCAGCAGAGGAACGGAUACAGUUUGUUGCCUGGUGAUGAUGUCCUGGGCGGCAACAGAAUGAUUAGUGAUGGAGGUACAAACAGUUAUAAGUAUCGGAGCAUUGGAUCAGAUCAUUCAGAUCUCACUUCUGCAGAUGUACGACCUAAGGAGAGGAUAAGCACUGGUACAGAGAAUGAUCCCCUCUCUGUAACAACAAGGUCCGACCCUGGUGAUAUCUUCACCCCUCGUCCAGGACGGGAAAGUGACCUGUCUGUCUACCCACUGGACAGGCAUUCUGAAGGCCGAAACUAUUACAAGCAAGAUCCUGUUGGUGUCACAAGAUCUAGGUCAAAAUCGGAGACAGAUCUCAUCGCUCUCAGUCCUGAGAGUCACAGGAAUUCCUCACCUGUUCAUAGCACUAGAUUAAUGGAUUUGUCAUGUCAACCAUCCCCAAUUUUCUCUCAUCAUACAACAAUGGAUUCCCCAGCAAUGGCUGGUAGCAGAGGAAGCCCCAAUCAGGGGCAGGCUCAUGAUCAUAUGGCCAAGUACAUGGAAGAGAGAAUCAGAAAACGACCUUUGGAGAAAGGAAGAGACUUUCAAGAUUUGAGGAAAUCUGAUCAUUUAGACAAGAAAAUUGAUUACAAUCCAAGGUUGAGGUCAAGGUCACUUGAACCUGGGGAGGCUUAUAGAGAUCUUGAUGUUAGAGACAUUUACCAAGGGCAGCCUGGACGAGAAACCUAUCAUCCUAAGGGAGACCGGGAAAUCUACCAGAACACAAGGGAGACAGGAGGAGGUACCAUCAGUGAUGGCGGUGUUGAUGUACGCAAGGGCAGUUUUAGGAUAAAGGAAGAUAAUGCACCAGUCGAAUAUGUCACCCAAGCUGAACGUCAAAGACUCAUGAGUCCAUCUUGGGCAAAUUCAAAGAGAGACUAUCCACAGAGCAACAGCAAGGUUGAAGUUACUGCCACAUACUGUGACAAAACUGGACAGCCUCUGGACAGAGGUUACAAUCCAAGUGCUGACCAUCCACUUGGUUCCAGGGUUGAAAGACCUCUGGAACCAGGGGAAGGGCUGAUAGCUCAACCCUUGGAGCCAGGACUUGAUUUCCAAGAGACAUUAGGUAGGAACUCAGACCAAGAUAACAGACGAGGAAUUGCAUACUUGGAUCCUGGAGAAGAUGGACAAUUCAAGGAACUAGAACAGCUUCCCGAUUCUGACUUUGAGGAUGCUAUAAAUGAGGAGAAAGAAAAACUACUGAAGGAGAAACGUGACAAAUUGAUCAGGGACCUGGAGAUGAAAGCAAGGUCACAACACAAAUUUGUUCCCCUGGUGGAUAACGAGAGUGAAUAUGAUGAAGAGUUUGACAAGAGGCCCCCAAGCAAGCGUGUUGUUAUCCUUCGCGAGAGUUUGGAGAAGGAGUAUCGAGAGUCUGUCCACCCCGACAUCAAUGACAUGUGGCAACGGUUCAAAGAUGUUGAUCCAAGCAAUGCCAGUGAGAGCAGCUUGAACACACCACGCAUGGAUACUCUUACCAGCUUAAUUAAAAACCCAACAAAGCACGUUGUUCAGAAGUACAUGGAUGAUGUGACAUACGAACGCGCCAAAGAAAACCGCUUGAUGAAUGAACUUAAAGCAUUACAUGAGGAGGGAGAUGAUCGUCAGUCAUCUCAAAAACAGGAAGUGGAGAAAUCAUCGAAGCAAAGAAAAGAAGCUGAACGACUGAGAUGGGAGGCAGAGUACAGGAAGAGGUUAAGUGGAGAUGAUGAGAGCAAUGGGAGCUAUGCUGAGAUCCUGGCACACCAGGAAAAGAAGAAACGAGCAGAAAAAGAAAAGAAAAAUAAGGAAAAUAAAAAUAGAAACAAAGAAACAAAGCCAGCUCGUGUCCAGAAGCUUGGAGACAGUGCUGACACUCUUUACUCAAUACCAGAGGACACAAGCUUUGAUACGACAACACCAAGUAAACUGAAUGACUCUGAGCUGAUGUUAAAAGCCAAGCGUAACAGACGACGACAUGUCAUUGAUCCACUGAUGGCCAAGCUUCAUGACAAGGUACUACACCAGCGGGAUAAGAUCGACAAGGAGAGAAAGAAGGAGAUGCGUAGAAUGGAGAAGCUCAAGAAAUUGGAAAUGUUAUUGACUGCUAAAAAAAAAGGGAAACUUUCAGACAAAGCCAUCGGUGUCGAACUGGACUUGGUGUCAUCAACAACAUCUAUAUCCAUGACAGAUUCAUCCACCACUCUUUUAGAUACAGAUUCCACGUUAACCUCACAGGCAGAUUCCAAUGUUGCUGUUGCCGAUACAACCUCAUCUAAAGAGAGUAGCACAGAUGUACCCUUCCAACAGCCAAACAAAAGUCGACAAGUGGCAUUUCAGGAUCAGGGCAGGGUGCCAACACGUGCCAGGAUCACCAUGAAGGACAAUGUACAAACAACAGGUAUCCAUGAGGAUUCUGAAUCUCAAAAUGAGGACAGUAUUUUUCAUCGGCCAUUUUCAGCCAAGAAAAGAGGGGAAAAAUUCAGCAGUGAGAAAAAAGGAAAGCAGAAAGGAAAGAAAGGAAAGACUGCAGAUAUUUAUCAGGAACCGAAAAUUAACCAGAAAAAUAAAGAAAAUGUUGAGAGGUUUUUAGCACAGAUGGAAGAAAGUGGUAUAUAUGGUGACAAGUUUGAAAAGCCAAGGAAAUCAAGGUCGCCCGCAUCUCGAAAGUAUAAGUCUGUAUCAACAAUGUAUCCAUCUCCAAUCCACGUUAGUCCUCCGCGGCAACGUGGUAAGAAAUCAGGAAAGGUCACAAUGGUGUCUGAGGCUGUUCAGACCAGUCCCUAUGUUCCCUCUCACAAUGACAGAGGGGUCAUACCUGUUCCUCUCAUGUCGCCAGAGAGAAGACGCAAACAUGUCUCCACCUCACCUAACAGGUCAAGUUCUCGCUCUCCUGCUCGCCAGAGGUCUGCUCAUACUAGUAUUUCAUCGUCAGCUUCACCUCUUAGGUCUAGGUCAAGGUCAAAGUCACAUGAAAACAAGAGGACAACAUCAUUUGAGAUAAGUAUGUCACCAGAGAGAUCAACUGUAAAUGAGGUCAGAAGAAAGCCAAGGUCACCGUCCCCAAAGACAGACAUUGAUUAUGGAUACUUGUCGAAGGCUGUCCCACCUCCUAAGUCUCGAAUGUUUACUCCAGAAACUCCAGACGACACCUGUAUUGCCAAGUUACAGGACAGCCCAAACAGGGGCAUAUCUUGGUACAUUCCAUUGCCUGAAUCUCGACCAUGGAGACAACCUCUAAAGGAACAGCAAGCACAUGCUGUAAAACAGAAACCAUGGCAACCUAAAUCUAUGCACCCUGCAGACUGGAAGGCUGCUGUUAGUAAUGAUAUCCUCAAUAAAUCACGAGACACAAAGUUUGACCUUGACCCAAAAGGUCAAAGAAUAGGUGAUGAUGACAUGGAUGCCAAAAGCUCUGAUGAAGAAAAUUAUGAUCCAAAGCCAUUAAAUAAAAUGUCCUUGCAGGAGGCUUUUAAGACUUUCAAGCAAGGCACAAUAUCUCGUGUGGGUGAACGUCAGAAGCGAGUCCUGUUAGCAGCACACGAGCGCCAACUGCAACAUUACCUUGAACAGGAGAGAAAGGAACUGUUUGAAAACCAGGGAGGCAAGAAGGAGUCGAACCCAGAGGCUCAUCCUUAUAGUGAAAACCUACACAAGCCAAAAAGAAGAUCCAUGUCUAAGAAAGAAAUGAAGGAAUUAACUAAAAGGUUGUACAAAAAACUCCCUGAAGUGCAGGCCAUGAAGUAUGUAAAGAAACGAGAUGAGGAUUACUCACUGAAUCGUCUCCGAGCACGGGUCUUCAACAGGAAAGUCCAGCGGAAUGUUUUAAGGAAAUCAGACCAAGUAAGAUAGCCUGAUCUGUGAAGUGAUGGAUUCCAGCACAGAUGAAAUUAUAUCAUAAAUAGAUAAUUUAUAUCUAGUGUAGCGCUGUUAAGUUUGCUAGAGUUUUAAAAAAUAGUUUAUUACAAUUUCAGUACUUUUGAUAAUGAUACAACUUUUUCAUCAAAUUCCUUUGGAAAUAGAACAAAGACAUAUUUAUAUUUUUGGUUUCUGUAAAUUUUUUGAAAGAUCAUGCAUAAUUCUCCGAGAAUAACUUACGAAGUGCCAUAUUUCCAGUAACUUCAUAAAACAGGAGAACGGCAGUUUAUAGGGUGUUGGUUGGUUUGUGUUAAGAUAUUCUGCAGAAGUCUGUGAUAUUAUGUGUGUAUAAACAUGUAUUGUGACAAGGUUGUCUCUGACGUUGCACUACUGUGAUAUGUUGAUACGUAGAAUUAGCAUGAAAAUCUACUCUUAUUUUGAUGUCAAAAUGUAUAGUUCUCAUGGUAAUCAAAACUGAUACUGCUGUGAGUGGUUUACCUGUGCCCAUAGUGCUCCAGUCACUAAAAGUUCUAAUGUUCUUUGCCAAACCCAUCUAUGCCAUUUCUUAAUGAAUAGUGGGAUUGAAUUGUCAUAGAUUUAGGAUAAUCAAAUCCUGUCACUGCUGUGUACGUUUGGGUGAGACAGUUUGGUGUAUUGUUAUCAGGACUAUGUUUGAUUUUUCUGAGAUGUUAGUUAGAUUUAUUAAAAAUUGCAUCAUCUACAUGUAUCAUUGGUACACUGGUAUCAUUGAAGUGCUAGGUAUGUAAUGUUACACUUUAUAUAGAAUUAGUCAAAGCAACAUAAAGGUAUAGAAACAGUAUGAUACAGUGAUAUGUUCUACACCACUAUAAAGGAUUGCCCUUUACCCGAGGGGUUUACUCAGGAACUGUUUAUUAAAUGUUGAGGAAGAGUAGUUACGUAUACAGACAUGUCAUUGUUUUGAUCACACCAUAUUUUACUAUCACAGUAGUGUGUAUCUAUUUAUAUGGAAAUUAAUCAUUAAUGUGAAUAUAUGUUUGCAAACACUUACUGAAAUUAAUAUUGUAAAAUUCUGCUUGUACUUUGUUAUCUAAGAAAAUAUUAGAUAAAAAAGGCUGAUAUAGGGAGUUCUUAAUAUACCCAUUUAUAACCACAUUUUGUUCCUGUAAAUAGGUUCUAUAUUUAUACUUGGUAGAACUCUAUUAUCUUGCCAUAAGUGGAAUAGUUGUAAUGUUUUUAUCUGAUCAGUAGAAGAUGGUGAACAUUAGUCCUAGAGUGUAUAAAGUGUCCAUGGUAGUAGUAUACUAUUGGUGAAUGAGUGGUUUAUAACCAUUGUACAUCUAACAAUAUCUAAAUGUAU